GGAAGUGGCGGAUUAGCACCGGAUCUCUCCCGCUGCGAGCUCCGGAGGGAGGCAGGGACCAAGGGAGGCUGGGGCUGGAGCCGGAGACAAGGCCGCAGAGAGAGGAGGGCGGGGGUCGGGUUCCGGAGCAGCAGGGGAGGGGGCGGCAAAGCCGGAGAGGAAAGGCAAGGCAAGGCAAGGCAAGGGGGCUCCUGCCGCUGCUGCUGCUGCUGCUGCCGCAAAACGGGGGUCUUCCCCCUGGCGCCCUCCCCGCUCCGGCCGCUCGGCGGAAACUUUGUGCAGACUUCGGCGCUGGCUCCUCCUCCGCCGGCGCCCCGUCGAUGCGGCUGAUGGCGAGCUUUUAAGGCCGGAGAGCCCAGCGGUCGGACGGGGGUCUUGCCAGGGACAGGGGUCUCGAGAGGACCCGAGAACCGGAGGGAUUCGCCCUGCGAGGGAGAUGGGCUUCCCCUCGCCUUCUCCGCCUCCACCUCCGCCUCCCCCGCGCGCCCCUAGGCCCCCCUGGAUCCGGAGGGCGUCGGGGCUGGGCUGGGGGGGGCUUCUAGAGGGGGAGGGGAGGGGAGGGGCGGGAGGCGAAGCGCUCGGGCUCCGUGUCCGGCAGGAACUCUAGCAGCACCGGCAGCACCGGCGGCAGCAGCAGAGGCGGCGGCGAGGGAGGCAGGCCCAUGACCCCCCGCGGAAGAGGAGGAGGAGGAGGCGGCGGCGGCGGGAGCUGAGAAGGGGUCCGGACACCGAGGGCCGAACGAUUCGGGGCGACCCUCCCCUCGGCCUGCCCUCCCCUCCCCUCCUCCCUGGCUCCGGCCAUGACCUCCAGGGCAAAGGAGGGCAAGGCCACCGCCCCGCCACCGCCGCCCAGCGCCCAGGAGGGCCGCCCGAGCCCCUUGGACCAGCUCCCGCCGCCGGCGGCCAACUCCGCCAAGCCGCUGACCCCCUUCAGCAUCGCGGACAUCUUGGGCAAGCCCUGCGGCCGAAGAGACCCCGCGUCCGCCGCCACCGCCGCCUCCGCCCACCGGCUCCUGGACAACAAGGGCGCCUCCGGAGGGACCGGACCGGAUCGUAAUGGCCUCCCCGCCCCGGCCUCGCCGCUCUGCGCCCUCGAGGAGCUGGCCAGCAAGACCUUCCGGGGCCUCGAAGUCAACGUCCUCCAAGCGGCCGAAGGGCGGGACCCCCUGGGCGCCUUCGGGCCUCGUCCUCCGUCGAAGAAGCGGCGCAAGUCGCGGACGGCCUUCACCAACCACCAGAUCUUCGAGUUGGAGAAGCGCUUCCUCUACCAGAAGUACCUCUCUCCGGCCGACCGCGACCACAUCGCCGGGCAGCUGGGCCUCAGCAACGCCCAGGUCAUCACCUGGUUCCAGAACCGCCGCGCCAAGCUCAAGCGCGACCUGGAGGAGAUGAAGGCCGACGUGGAGUCCCUCAAGAAGCUGCCCCCGGCCGCCCUGGAGAAGCUGGCCUCCAUGCCCGACAGCCAGACCCCCGACCCAACGCCCGGCCCGGGGACCCCCGACCCGCGACCCAGGGAACCCUUCUCCGACGGAGAGGAAGCGGAGGAGGAGGAAGAGGAGGAGGAGGAAGAGGAGAUCGACGUCGGGGACUGAGCGCCGCCAGCCCCGGCCCUAGAGAACCGAGGGACCCCGGGAAGGGAGCCUUGGCCGGACCCCCGCCCCCCCUCCCGAGGCCAGGAGACCCCCCUCCGGACAGUGUUCCCCUUCUUUCUCCCCCGGCAGUCCCCCCAAAGAUCGCCAGGGGCAAUCCCCCCUAGUCUCCAGACUCUGCCCCAAACCUUCUGCCCCCCAAUACCUUACCCCUUACCCCCUCCCUCCCUCCUUCGGCCCCCCAGGGGGAGGCUUGGUGCAAUUUUUAAAACUUAAUUUUAUGAUUAUUGCUAUUAUUAUUAUUAUUAUUAUUAUUACUACUCCGUGGUGGUGGUCGUGGUCCUGUCCCCGUGGCUGUCGUGGCUGUCUGUCUCGGCGUGUUCGUGGUUUUGCCUUUUCUCCCGGGGGAGCAGGACCGGGAGACCCCCCCAGGAACACGUGGAGGGGCGCCCCUCACCCCAUUUCGGCACAUUCCCAAAGAGGCCGAGGCACCCCCCCAAUAGAGACUGCCCUCUUCCUCUCUGACGCCCCCCACUGGGAAGAUGGCUGCCCCCCGCCCUUGAGAAGGGGAAGGGCUCCUGGUCUGGGGGGUCCUCUCCCGCCCCUCCCCCCCUCGGUGGCCUGUGUGUGUAUAUAUUUGGA